UGGAAUCAGGAUCUGUGUGUGAGUGAGUAAUGCAUAGUGUUGCUUGAUAGAGAGAAGCUGUUAGAUUUAUUUAUUUUUUUUUUUAGUGGACUGUUUCUCAUAUAUUUCAUAUAGAUAUUGACAGCAUACUAUUAUAUUUAUUAUACUUCAUCAGACUUUAUUAUAUUUAGAAUAUAUUACUUUUAUCAAUAAUUCAAUUAUUUUUUUUAGCUAUGAUCUGAUUUGAAAUCAAUUCUUUAUAAUAAUAGCAAAUUGCUGUUCAUAAUAAAAAAAAAAAAACAUAAUCGAUAAUUUAUUUUAAAUUGCAUGUAAUGUCGAAGUUAUUUUAGAGUCAAUGAAAUAAUAUUUUUUUUUACGUCUUUGUAAAGAUAUUAUGAUAGUUUGAGACCUAGGGAACUAAACAGAUAGUUCAAGAUAGAUAACAUACUUUGUAAAAGUGUAAUACAUAACAGUUGCCAGUGGAUUAUUGGUGUUGUUUAAUUUUUAUUUAAUAAUUUAUUUAUUAUUUUUGUGUAUCGGAAUGGUUAUCUAAGUACUAGCAAUUACUAAACUCUCACACAGCCAUGCUUCAGUUUUGGCUUCUGUUUCUGGCCAUUUUUUAUUUCUGUGAGGGUCAGUAUCUUGACAAAGCUCCCAUCAUUAUCCAGUAUAAUAUCUGGGAGGAACAACCAGCAGGCACAAGGGUGGGCUGCCUGUUGGACAACCUACGUCAGAAUGGAGAGACUGGAUCACUGGAGGACUUCCGGAUUGUGGAGCAUGGUCAAGCUCUACCAUUCUCUGUUGCCAAAAGAGAUGGGGUAGUGUUGACACUGGCCCAGCUGGACCGGGAGGAGUUGUGUCGUGGUGCUGAACAGUGUGAACUGGCCUUUAGUGUUCUCUAUAGGAAAGGUGGAGCAGUACACUUCCUGCGUGUUAGAGUGGAGGUGAUGGACAUGAAUGACCACAGUCCUGUCUUCCCUAACCCAGUGCAGGAGGUGGAGAUCUCAGAAACUGUAGGCCUGAGGAUGCGUAUUCCAUUGGACCGUGCGGAGGAUCCAGAUGCAGGUUCCAAUGGCCUGCAAACCUAUUCUCUUUCUCCAAGUCUUCACUUUUCUUUGGAUAUCCGUCCCUCUGGAGGUGCCAAACAGCCAGAAUUGGUGGUUAUUAAAGAACUGGACCGGGAGAUGGAAUCUUCUUUUGAAUUAACAUUGUUUGCUUUUGAUAAAGGGAACCCACCCAAAUCUGGCAGCACCAAAGUCAAAGUCAUAGUCUUGGACUCCAAUGACAACAGUCCUAUGUUUGAGGAAAAUGCUCCAAUAGUUGACCUUUCUGAAGAUGCAGUACAAGGCACAGUAGUUAUCAACCUUCAUGCUACGGAUCCUGACCAGGGUGCUAAUGGAGAGGUUGUGUACUCACUCAGUAAACAUGCCCCAUUAGAUGUACAGAGACUUUUUAAUGUUGAUCCUCAAACAGGUGCUGUAGUUUUAAAAGGCCUUUUAGACUUUGAGGAAAAGAGAUUAUAUGAGGUAGACAUACAAGCAAAGGAUCGUGGUCACAAUGCUAUCCCAUCCCACUGCAAAAUGCAAGUAAGGGUUCAAGAUGUCAAUGACAAUGCUCCUCGGAUACACAUUACGUGGACUCCCCCAGAUUCUCCUGUGGCAACUGUUUCAGAAGGGGCAACAAACGAGACCUUUCUAGCUCUUGUGAUGGUGUCUGAUGCUGAUUCAGGUCUAAAUGGGGCAGUGAAAGUCCAGAUACAGCAAGGAUCAGGCCCAUUCCGUCUCAAGCAAAUCCAUGGAGACAACUACAUAAUUGUUACUAAUGGAAGCUUAGAUCGGGAGCGACAGGUGAAGUAUAAUAUUACACUUCUUGCUCAGGACAGUGGUGUUCCUUCUCUGUCUUGUGUAAGGCAUCUGACUGUCCAUGUUCUGGAUGAAAAUGACAAUGCACCAGUAUUUCCCAAAACUCUCUACACUGGUGUUUUCAAUGAGAAUAAUAAACCUGGAUAUCAUGUCUUGACUCUGGAAGCCCAUGAUGUUGACUUAGACCUUAGUGGACAAGUGUCGUAUGCAAUUAGAGAGUUAAAUGAACUUGGCACACCAACUGCUUUUUUCUCAGUCCAUCCAACCAGUGGGGCUGUUAUUGCUCAGCAGUCAUUAGACUAUGAGGAAUCACCGACAUACUCCUUUGUUGUUGAAGCAGUAGAUCAUGGGUACCCUCCAAUGACCAGUAGCGCUACUGUGCUUAUUAUGAUUGAGGAUGUUAAUGACAACUAUCCCAUCAUCAGGGAACCACUUCCCAAGAAAGGUGUUGCAGUAGUGAGCAUUCCAGUAAAUGCAGAUAAAGGAGAGAUUGUGACAGAACUUAAGAACAAAGUUCAUGGAAUCAUACAUCCACUGAGCAAUCAUUCUUCCCAAUACAGGCUUGAAGGAUUUUUGGCCACAACAAUAUUAGCAAGUGACUCUGACUCUGGUUUCAAUGGAAAUCUCCAAUUUAAAAUAAUAGCAGGGAAUCCGUCCAGACUGUUUUGGUUAGAUGAAACAACAGGGCAGUUAUAUGUGAACACCACCAAUGCUACAGAAUUGAUUGGCAAAGCUUUUAAAGUGGUCAUUGCAGUGUCAGACAUGGGAACACCCCCACUUGUCACACAGACAACACUAGAUAUUACAUUCAUCAAUCUUCGUGACCACCUUAAGAACUCUGCUCCUGGACAACAGGCUCAAUUUAGCUUCACAAUGCUUUUAGCUGUCUGCAUUGGGGGAACCUGCUUGCUUUUGCUCCUAGUUGUUGCUUUGGUUACCACAUUCUGUCGCCCAGAAAAACGAGACACUCGUGCUUACAACUGCAGACAAGCUGAAUCUACCUACACUAGUCACCCUCGCAGACCACAGAAACACAUUCAAAAGACAGAUAUUCAGCUGGUUCCUGUUCUAAGGGGUAGAAAGUGUGAAACACCUGAAGAGGAGUCCCAGCCACUCUCAUCUAGUUCUUCUCUUCCAGAAGAACCUCACAAAGAAGGCCAGCUUAGUCUUUCACCAACACUUGCUCUCCUGGUACAAAGCCAAACUUUUGCUGAAAAUAACGGUACACUGCCAUUUACACAAAGCAAGACACUCAGGAAACCUGGGAGCAUAGAAUGCCCACAUACCCCUACAACACCCUACCGAACCCUGCGCAAGGCACGAAUCCCUUCCUCAUCCUUGUCCUUGCACUCACAGUCCAACACACUGAGACGCCAUAAGCCUGAAGAAGUAAAUACAUCGACUGACUCCCAAGCUGUAGCCUCUGGUCCUUUCACACAGGCCACUUUGAGGAGAGCAAAAAACCCAGAAAGAAAUGAAAGGCCUCAGGAACAAGACCACAGACAAAUACUACGAAAUUUGGUGCGCUUAUCCAUGGCUGCUCUUGGAGAAAACUCACUUGAGCUAUCUUCGGCUUCACCUGAGGUGCAGCAGGUGUCUCAGCUAUUGUCUCUGCUACAUCAGGGCCAGUUUCAGCCUCGACCAAAUUUCCGUGGCAACAAAUAUUCCCAUAGAGGAGGCCGAUCCGGACCACAGGAUGCUGAUUGGCAAAGUACUAAAGACAGUGGCCACGGGGAAAGCGAACCUGGAGACGUGGACUGGGAGGCAGGCAGAGACUCCCCAGUUGACCCCUUGUUGGAGGAGGGCCUAACCAACCUGCUCAGCAACUAUGAUGACGUGUUUUUGGACACCCCAGACCCAGCGUGGAUGGCUCGGCUGUCCCUUCCUCUGACUAGUGAUUAUCAUGACAACCUUUAUGUCCCUGAUGGGCUACCACCCUCAGAAGACCAGAGUUCUACUUUAGGCCCAAAUGACUCUGCCGCCUUCUCUACCUUUGGUAAAGCCCCAGAGAAGAAUGGGGCUUUAGGAGGUGAAACUCUGCUUUCGGAAGUCACCACACUGUUUGAGAUGCUAAUGACACAGAAGGCUGAUGCUCAGCCACGGUCAGACAUCCUCUACAGACUUUCUGCAGCUUAUCGUCGCUCUAUCGGCCUCGAUGGCCACCUAGGGCCAAAUGAAAAAUCUCCUUUAAUACGUUGCACCACUCCAAACCGUUACUGAAGUUCAAGUCUCAUGUGAACAAUGCAAACACUCACCUUUGCCUUCCAACAGCACUGAACCUUCUCAAACUAGUUUUGGUUUUAAGCAACUUUGUCAUAUCAUCAUCAGUCUCUCUGGGAGGUCUGUCUGGUACAGGCCAGCUAAGGCAAAAUACAAAAAUCUGUUUCAUAUUUCCAGGAAUAAACUCUAUGUACUCUUUUGCAACAAAGUGAAACUGUGAUAAGGAGACAAGGAGGCGGUUUUCCCUCUGCUUCAGGUGCUGAUCAAAUUACUCUACAAUGGUGCUUUUCUCAAAAAGUAGUUUAUGAGACCUAUGGCUUUGAAUGGGCAUUAAGAAGGAAAUGGCUCUUUGUCCUUUUUUGAGACUAAACACCAACAGAACAAAUCCUGUCUCUGAGGAGGAAUGUGUAAAAUUUUCUACCACAAUGGAUUAUAAGCAGCCUUGCUUCCUCUGCCAUAGCCAGACUCCUGCUUAUUGUUUCCUGAUUUCUUUUAUUGUAAAUAAUAUAUUAAACAAAAUUCAGUAUUUGAUCGAUUAAACAAUGUAAAUAAUAGUCAUCAAGCAGACUUAAGUCAUUACAUUUGGCCUAAAUCUGUGAUUUAAAAUUUCAAAUACAAAAAGGCAUGUAGCUGUUUUAGCAAUAAUUCAUUCAUUUGUAGUGACAAAUGUCCCUAUUUUUCACAUUCUUUUGUUUCAGAAAUGAUAAAGUAAAACUAAAAGAAACAAACUGUCAGAGACACAAAACCUUGCACUUGAUUUGUGUGAGCCCUAACUGGGAAAGGUGUUGUAAGUUAUUGACCUUGUAACACUAUAUAUAAAUGUAAUUUCCACAUGCAUUAUUAGGAAUUACAUGUGCAUAUUUUUACGUAAGCACUUUGUAUAAAACUUUUUUGUAUACAACAUGAAUAAAUAAACACUUAUGAAACAUC